GCCUUCAGUUCAGCGGGUCUGAACUGCCUUGGCCAACAUGCGACUGAUAUCUAGGCCUUGGCAGCCGUGGGAGUCAGAGCCGAGGGCUUCGAGGCUUGGGGGCCGAACACUGGCCAUCCAUAAUGUUCAAAAGCAUUGAGCGUGGCUCGCUUCUCAGCCCCAAAAUCUUGCUGACGAGAACAGUCCUCUAAACAUUGGAAGAUUUACCAACUGGUGCACGUUAACCAUCGUUGGUUGUUGUGAGUCGUAGAUCACAAGCUGUGACUUGAUUUGACCAAGAAGAACGAAACAACGAUCGAGCGAACAAUGUUCUCGAUCCUGCCCAAAGGCCACCCCGAAGGGGUCCGAUCCUUGACCCGGAGAAAGUGUCGCUCACAUUCAGCUCAUCCAGAGUCCUAUGAUUGCCGAUUCUGCAAGCGAUCCUUUACCAAGCAAUACAACCUUUUGAUCCACGAACGAACCCAUUCCGAAGUCGCACAGCCUUCUUUUGAGCUAUCCAUGUGUGAGAUAUGUGGCAAAGUGUUCCGGAAGUUUGAGGCCAUGAAGAAUCACAGAAUGACCCACUCCCCUCCGUCCGUUCCGAAAGAGUUACAAGGCUUUCUUAAGGAAUGUGUGUCCUACUAACGAAAUAAAAGAUGAUGAUAAUCCUGAUGAUGGGACCAGGGUCUGGUUUCUUGGACUUCGUGCCGGACCGAGCUCUAGCCAUUUGUUUCAUCGGGCUUCAAUCAGGAGGCGGACAUCCGUCUCCGUCCAUUAAAUCUCCACCUCCACCUCCACCUCCAUCUCCUUCUCUUCGUUGUCGUAGUUUGGUCGGCUCAGAUUACUUUGAUGUCUCUCUCCGGUGACUUUGUGAAUUGCCUUUUCUUGUCAGAUCAAAUAAAAUCACGAGUGUACA